CUGGCACGCCUCUUCGUUGGCUCUUAUAUAAUAUGGGGUUUCACAGGGCACUGAUGUAGAAAUAAAGUCAAACAUUCUUGAGGCAGACUCAUAUUACUUGUCGUAUCGCUGGUGCUCACUGUGCUGUGGGGUGUAGGGCUGCUCUCAGAAGGGUGGUCUGUGGCCCUAUCUGAGUGAAUUCUGGAAGGUGAACAGGAUGGCUCCAAGCGAGGCAGUGGAUGAACUUGUUUUCUUUGUGAAUGGUAAAAAGGUGGUGGAAAAAGAUGUGGACCCAGAAACAACUCUGCUAACUUAUCUACGAAGAAAAUUGGGCCUGUGUGGAACCAAACUAGGCUGUGGAGAAGGUGGAUGUGGUGCCUGCACUGUUAUGAUAUCCAAGUAUGAUCCCUUUCAGAAGAAAAUUCUCCACCAUACUGCCAAUGCUUGUCUCUUCCCUGUCUGUGCCCUGCAUCACGUAGCUGUAACGACUGUUGAAGGCAUAGGAAACACAAAAUCCAGGCUGCACCCAGCCCAGGAGAGGAUAGCAAAAAGUCAUGGUUCCCAAUGUGGCUUUUGCACUCCAGGCAUUGUCAUGUCCAUGUAUACAUUGCUUCGGAACAACCCUGAGCCCAAAAUGGAAGACAUUGAAGAUGCUUUCCAAGGGAACUUGUGUCGAUGUACAGGCUACAGACCCAUUCUGGAAGGAUACAGGACAUUUGCUAAAGACAUGAAUUGCUGUGGUAGAGUUGCCAAUGGCACUGGAUGCUGUCGUAGUGGGAGGGAAAAUAGCACGAAUGGGGGCUGCUGUGGAGGAAAAGCCAAUGGUCCAGGCUGCUGCAUGAAUGGAAAAGAAGACAGUGUGACAAUGCUGUCCUCCAACCUGUUCAACUCUUCGGAGUUCCAGCCUUUGGACCCCACACAGGAGCCAAUCUUCCCACCCGAGCUAAUGACUCAGAGGAACAAACAGCAGAAACAGAUGUGUUUCAAAGGAGAGCGUGUGAUGUGGAUCCAGCCUACAUCUCUCAAGGAAUUGGUGGCUCUCAAAUCCCAGUACCCCAAUGCCAAACUCGUUGUGGGGAACACAGAAGUGGGUAUUGAGAUGAGGUUAAAGAACUUGUUGUAUCCAGUGAUAAUAGCACCAGCAUGGAUCCCUGAAAUGAAUGCUGUUCAGCACACUGAAACAGGGGUCACCAUCGGCGCUGCCUGUACCCUGCGCUCAGUAGAGGAGGUUAUGAGAAAAGCAGUGGCAGAGCUUCCUCCAUACAAAACCGAGGUCUUCCAGGCUGUCCUGGAACAGCUGCGGUGGUUUGCAGGGCCACAGAUCAGGAAUGUUGCUGCUCUUGGUGGGAACAUAAUGACAGCAAGCCCAAUUUCUGAUUUAAAUCCUGUGUUAAUGGCAAGUGGAAGCAAAUUGACUCUGGUAUCAAAAGAGGGCAAAAGGACUAUCACGAUGGAUGAAAAGUUUUUCACUGGGUACAGAAAGACAGUAGUUAAGCCUGAAGAAAUACUUCUCUCUGUCGAAAUACCCUACAGCAAGAAGGGUGAAUACUUCUCAGCUUUCAAGCAGGCUUCCCGUCGUGAAGAUGACAUUGCUAUUGUGACCUGUGGGAUGAGAGUCCUGUUCCAAGAUGGCACUAGCCGGGUGGAGGAGAUAAAACUAAGCUAUGGAGGAAUGGCUCCUACAACUGUCCUGGCACUAAAAACUUGCAAGGAGCUCACUGGCAGAGACUGGAAUGAGAAGCUGCUGCAGGAUGCCUGCCGCUUACUGGCGGGUGAGAUGGAUUUGUCUCCCUCUGCCCCUGGUGGGAUGGUGGAUUUCCGACGCACACUCACCCUCAGCUUCUUCUUCAAGUUCUACCUGACAGUCCUUCAGAAACUGAGCAAGAACCUCAAUGGCACUCAGAAAAAUCUGUGUGAGCCCAUCCCUUCAAACUACAUCAGUGCUACAGAGCUGUUUCACAAAGAUCCCAUUGCAAAUGCCCAGCUCUUCCAAGAAGUGCCCAGGGGACAGGCAGUUGAAGAUAUGGUGGGACGGCCCUUGAUGCACGUUUCGGCAGCCAAACAAGCAAGUGGAGAAGCUGUUUACUGCGAUGACAUCCCUCACUACGAGAAUGAGCUGUAUCUAACGCUGGUGACCAGCACCAAAGCCCACGCUAAGAUCCUUUCUGUAGAUGCAUCUGAAGCUCAGAGUGUUCCUGGGUUUGUGUGUUUUGUCUCUGCCAAGGAUGUUCCUGGCAGUAACAUCACUGGCAUCGCUAACGACGAGACUGUCUUUGCUGAAGAUGUGGUCACUUGUGUUGGUCAUAUCAUCGGUGCAGUCCUUGCAGACACACAGGAACAUUCCAGAAGAGCAGCAAAAGCUGUGAAGAUUAAGUAUGAAGAACUUAAACCUAUUGUCACAAUUCAGGAAGCUAUUGAGAGACAAUCCUUUUUUAAGUCUAUAAAGAGGAUUAAUAAGGGAGAUGUGAAGAAAGGAUUUGAAGAAUCUGAUCACAUUUUGGAAGGAGAGAUGUACCUUGGUGGCCAGGAGCAUUUCUAUCUGGAAACUCACUGUACUCUGGCUGUGCCAAAGGGAGAAGAUGGUGAGAUGGAACUCUUUGUGUCAACUCAAAAUCCAAUGAAGACACAGGAGUUUACUGCUAAUGCAUUGGGAGUCCCUUCGAAUCGUGUUGUGGUUCGAGUGAAAAGAAUGGGAGGAGGAUUUGGAGGAAAAGAGACUAGGAGUACUAUCUUGACAACUGUAGUGGCUGUUGCAGCCUUCAAAACUGGCCGUGCAGUGAGGUGCAUGCUGGAUCGAGAUGAGGACAUGCUGAUAAGUGGUGGGAGACAUCCCUUCCUGGGGAGGUACAAGGUUGGUUUCAUGAAGAAUGGGAAAGUCAAGAGUCUGGAGGUGUCAUACUACUGCAAUGGGGGCAACUCUGUAGACCUCUCUCGCGGUGUUAUGGACAGAGCCCUGUUACAUUUGGAUAACUCCUACAACAUCCCCAAUGUCAGCAGCGUGGGGACUAUUUGCAAGACCAACCUGCCUUCCAACACAGCCUUCCGUGGCUUUGGAGGGCCCCAAGGAAUGAUGAUUGCUGAGUGCUGGAUGAGCGACCUUGCUCGGAAGUGUAACCUGCCACCUGAGGAGGUGCGGAAGCUCAACCUCUAUAACGAAGGAGACCUAACUCAUUUUAACCAGAAGCUGGAGGGAUUUACUCUACGAAGAUGCUGGGAUGAAUGUUUGUCAAGCUCUAGCUAUCACGCCAGGAAGAAACUAAUCGAAGAAUUCAACAAGCAGAAUCGCUGGAAGAAGAGAGGGAUGUGCAUCAUUCCUACCAAAUUUGGCAUCAGUUUCACUGUCCCGUUUCUGAACCAGGCUGGAGCUCUGGUCCAUGUGUAUACAGAUGGCUCUGUGUUACUUACACAUGGGGGAACUGAGAUGGGUCAAGGACUUCACACCAAAAUGAUUCAGGUUGCCAGCAGGUCCCUGGGAAUCCCCACCUCUAAAAUUUACAUCAGUGAGACCAGCACAAACACUGUCCCAAACACCUCCCCGACAGCUGCGUCCGUCAGUGCGGACAUCAAUGGAAUGGCUGUCCAUAAUGCGUGUCAAACUAUCUUAAAAAGACUGGAGCCGAUCAAACAGUCUAAUCCCAAAGGAUCCUGGGAAGACUGGAUUGUAGCCGCCUACCAGAGCUGUAUUAGCCUGUCGGCCACAGGGUUUUACAGAAUUCCUGACGUUGGUUACGACUUUGAAAAGAAUGAAGGGAAACCAUUCUCCUACUUCAGUUAUGGCGUUGCUUGCUCUGAGGUUGAAAUAGAUUGUCUGACAGGUGACCACAAGAACAUUCGCACAGACAUUGUUAUGGAUGUUGGUACCAGUCUGAACCCAGCCAUAGAUAUAGGACAGAUAGAAGGAGCGUUUGUCCAAGGCCUUGGGCUCUUCACCAUGGAGGAGCUGCGCUACUCUCCUGAAGGAAACUUGUACACUCGAGGGCCUGGGAUGUACAAAAUCCCAGCAUUUGGAGACAUCCCAACAGAAUUCUACGUGUCUCUUCUCCGUGACUGCCCAAAUAGCAAAGCAGUUUACUCAUCCAAGGCUGUGGGAGAACCACCUCUGUUCCUGUCUGCCUCGGUGUUUUAUGCCAUUAAAGACGCCAUCUACGCAGCGAGGAAGGACUCCGGCCUGACUGAGCCAUUCAGGCUGGACAGCCCUGCCACCCCGGAGAGGAUCCGCAAUGCUUGCGUGGACAUCUUCACCAAAAUGUGCCCUUCUGCUGAGCCAGGGACCUUUAAGCCAUGGUCUGUGCGUGUGUAAAAGGAAAGUCUGGGGAGCAAACUGCUGAAACUGAGCUUACACCAGAGGAACCACAAGGCAGAAGGACUAUAAUGGAGAAAAAAAUACCUGUGUUCAUGUGGCUCACCCAGGGAUUCAUGGAGCUUUCACAUUUAAUUGUCCAAUCACUGUUUUCUCUAGGAGAAGGAAUUGCUGGCAGAUUAUAGCUGCAAUGUAAAUUCAAAUGAAGAUAAAGUGGAAGGUGAUGUUAUCCAGGUGUAAUUGAAAAAUCUUACAGGUUUCAUAUAAAAUUGCUGCAAUGAUGCUUAUUACCAGCCAGUGUGAAAUGGCAGGGUGGUUGUUUCUUUUUUUUCCUACUGUGGGGAAAGAUGGACCACUUAGUUAUGCUGUGCCAAGAAGGACUUUAAUGUGUUGAGCCCAGACAUACAGUCCUCUCACUGAGAUGGGGGAAGGCCUAAGAGGCACUGAGGGCUGGACUCUACUGUGUCCCCUCUGGACAAAAAGCCAGAUAUAUGCUAGAGGAAGAUGAGGAGGACUUUUAAUGUUAGCUAACAGAGGUCAUCUUUCCUGUGUAACAGAAGUGUUUCAGAGGAAAACGCUAAAAUGUGACCAACAACUUGAUUCAUCCCAAAUUAAAUGACUGUUGCUGUGUCUGCACCAGUGCUUUAAUGAGGUCUUAGUUCAACUGCUACCUUGUCUUGUCUGAUUAAAGAUAAAAACUAGAGAUACCAAGAGGACUUCCAUCAAGAUGCUACUUUGUUUGACACAUCCUUUUCCUGUCCCACACCUCCAUAUCUUUCCCCAUAUUUUAAAUAGGAAAGGACAUCAGCUACCUUGGAGUAACAGAGAAAGUUGCUCAUCAUUGUUCCCAAGGAAAUUUGUACCAGCCUAAGCAAGGGACACAAGGAGGAUGGACACAGCUGGGGAUUAGCUGACUCUGGGUGCCCUCUAGGGUCAAUCCCUUGCUGUCAUGCUAUGGCCUUGCCUUCUUUUCAAGAGAACACUUAGUUUUGCUGAAUGUAAGAGAAUGGGUACCUUUUGCUAUAGGGACUACUUGUUUGAAAAGUGUGCUGACUGUGUGAUGACCCAGUGUCGUCUGGGUUGAAUAUAUUUUUUGUGUUGGAUCUAGUACUGGGCAUCCCUCUUGACAGGUUUUGUCACUGUCAUAUUUAACAUUGCAGCAUCGUGUUAUCUCUAGAUGAUGUCAGCCAUGUAUUUGUAAUUGUUCAUCAUUGCAAACUUUUAUGUUUCUCUGGCCCACAGCUUUAUGAAAAUGUCCUUUUUCUGUUUUUGCACUCCUAGGGCCAUCAAAAAAAUAUGAUGCAAGAGGAUGUAACUCCAUUGCCUUCUAUAAAAUUUUGCUUACAUGCAAACUACUUAAAA